GGGUUAUUUUCUUUUCUCCCCCAGCUGCCCCAGGGUUCUGGUUUCCCGAAUCACUUGGCAAAUAACCAGCAGGUGGGCAGAUGUCUUUUUUGCGUUCCUACGGACGCGUAGGCAAGUUCGAUGCGCCGGAGUGAACAGCCAGGGUCCCAUCUCUCAGCCGGCUCCCGGGCGGUGCUAGCAGGGAAGAGGGACGCGCCGGCGAAUGAAACACUACUAGCCCGGAAAGCCGGCCUGGACCUUCCACCCGGGGCAGCGAGUCUGGCAGCCCCUCGCCGCCGCCCCCUCCGACCAGAACAGACUGCGCUGCGAGCCCCGGGCUUCCGCCGCAGCGCGCAGAAAUUCGAGGUGCCAGAGGAGACCAGCAGCAGCGCUUGAUUUAGCUGGGCUGCGGGAAUUCCGACCUGUACACUUUCCAGAAGCCUGAUCUCUCCAAGUCCGCGCCCAGGGACUCGAGCCCCGGCUUCCAGGUUGACCCGAGCGCGCCCCCUUCGUGCUCUCGGCCGCGUUCACCGCGCGGGGCCUCCGGGUCCUGUGAAGCCCGAGCAGGUGAGCGACUGGGGGUGGUUCGGCGUCCGCCGAGACAGAGUCUGGCCCCGGGGGUCACCCUGGGGUGCUGCCUGGUACCUCCCAGGUACCCGCCUCCCGGAGCCCUAAGAGAGGCUGAAAACCAUGGACGCUCCAGGACUCCGUUUUCUGUACUUUUGCGUAAUUUGCCAUCUUUUCCUUGCGCAAUUCGUACAAAGCCCUUCCGUGCUCACAAAGUUGAUGAUUGUGAAGAAGAAAAUGUAGGUUAGAGGAGAGGAAGCAGCAUCAGGACACCUUACCACCACUGUUAGUAAAUGACUUGGGGGUACGGGUUGCUUUUCCGAUCUGCAAAGUAGGAGGGAAUGGGAUGUUUGCAGACGCAGUUGCUAAUUGUGCCUGAGGGCGUGGGUGCCUUUUGUACCGAAAGAACUUUUGGCCGUUUUUUCUUGUAUUGUUUUCAAGUCGCUGCCCGAGUGUGUCCUCAGGGCAUCCUGGGGAGGAGCCGGUGCUGCGGUUUCGGGGCGCAGCCGAGGCCGCCCCGCCGCCUCCCGUAGGCGAUCAGACUUCCUCUCCCUGGCGGUUCCGGGAGGAGAACCUCCUACAACAAACACCGCCGAAGUUUCCCUCUCCAGCGCGUUCGCCAAUCCCAGGAGCGCCCGGCGCGUGGGCUGGGAAGGAGCCGAGCGGAAACCUGGAAGUGAGCCGCGGCGCAGGCGAAUCCUGCGCGUUGCUGGUGGUAGCGUCCAAGAGACCCCGCACAGAAAGUGGGCUGGGAGUCUCGCUCGCUGUACCCGCACCUAAGUGCUCAGAAGCGGCCUUUUGCUCUGCAGAGGGGGGUCUUAGAAGCUUGGGGAAGAAGCACAUUGUUUCGGAGUUCCUUGUUGCGUUCUUUCUCCUUGGGAGGAGGGAAUUGCACAAGGAAAAGAAGAGAAGCCUUUACUUUGUAACUGAAAUUCUCCAGAGUUGAGUUGCGUCUUACAGACUCGGUGCAUAUUUUAAUACAAAACUAAGGGAAGAGGCCAUUUGAUACUUGGCUUCGUCUCAACCGUCAGCCGGGGGUGACUUCAAAAAGACGCAAGAUUGGGCUCUGGGGAGUAAAAGGAAGAAUUAGGAUGGCAGUUUUCAAGGGAAGUUAAGUCUAGACGUGCUUCUUUGAAAGUCACAAGGCAGAAGUGGUCAAAAGCAGAAUUUAAAAGAACCAAAACAAAUAUCAUAAGCUUGUCCUUCUCUCCUACUGGGAUAUAAAUUCUCCUAAGUAUCUCAUCGAAAAGGCUCCUGGGACGAAAGUCGAUGGGGGCAAAUCUUGGAGGGAAAUUUCGUGACUGUUUGACCAUGGACUAAUUAAUACUCACCGUUCACCAGUAGAGAGGAUGCACUUGGUUCCCAGCGCCCUCCUCCCAGCACAGGCCGCUGCCUCAGCAUCCACCCCGCAGCCCACGUGUGGCAAGCCGGGGAAGGGGUGGAGUGAACGGCCGGAGACCACGUGGAGAAAGGGGCCGCUUUGGCCCUUCCAUCUGGGUGCCGGGAGCCCCUAGGCCCUCCGGCCAUGGCCGACAGCGGCGGUGCUGGCAGCUCGGGCCCCUGGUGGAAAUCGCUCACCAACAGCAGAAAGAAAAGCAAGGAAGCCGCAGUGGGGGUGCAGCCUCCCGCCCAGCCCGCUCCCGGGGAGCCCACGCCACCUGCGCCGCCCAGCCCGGACUGGACCAGCAGCUCCCGGGAGAACCAGCACCCUAAUCUCCUCGGGGGCGCCGGCGAGCCCCCUAAACCAGACAAGUUAUACGGGGACAAAUCUGGCAGCAGCCGCCGCAAUUUGAAGAUCUCGCGCUCCGGCCGCUUUAAGGAGAAGAGGAAAGUGCGCGCCACGCUGCUCCCGGAGGCGGGCAGGUCCCCGGAGGAGGCGGGCUUCCCUGGUGACCCCCACGAGGACAAGCAAUAGCCCCAAUAGCCUGCGCGCUCCAGGACUGCCUACCCAGCACUACCCCAAACCCCCAGUUCCAAACCCGAGACUUCAGGCCCGCCCCCUUAGGUGUUGUCUCAUUCCACCAAAUUCAGAAUAUUUACACAAUGCCUUCAUGAUUUUAUUUUUCUGGAAAUUGAAGUGUCAAUUGGGUUCUCAAUAUUUCAUGACUCCAAGGAUGCAUUAAAUAUUUAUUUGUGGUAAGAGAAGAUACCUGCCGCGGAGGAGGGUGGCAUAAUUAUUUUUUUUCAAAAAGCUAUUCUGGGGCCCUGGCCCCCUGGCUCCUGUCACAGCUCAGCUUGAACUCUGUAGCCUCUCAAAUGAAGAAGGUGGCUGUUAUUUAGGACUCCGUGGAAAGCAAAUCACAGUGCUGUUUUUAAUGCCUGAGAAAUGCACUUUAGGGGUACCUCGUAGACUUAUACCUUAAGUGAAGGAGUGGGGGAGGAAGAAGCAUUCUUAAGUAGAAGCAUUUUAAAAUAAGGCAGGAUUGCUUUUAAUGUUAAACUACAAAACUGUACAGCCUAUUUUAGUGUGGACUAUUAAAACCCUUGCACUGUAA